AUGUCUAUUGAUUUCAUACUUGGUAGUUGGGUUCACUGCAACUUACCCACAGGUGGAGCCUUAAACAUUACAAGCCUUUCAGCCUAUUUAAAACCUUCAACUGAUGCACCAAACUUCUUAAUCGAAGUCAUCCGCAGCAGCCCAACACCUCUCAUCCUCAUUCUUGAUUUACCUCAGUGGAAGGACCUCGUCUAACAUCCCGAUUACCUUAAAACCUUUUAUGAGGAAACACAAUUAGACAAACAAAGACAACUUCUCGAGAAGCUACCCGAGGUGAAGCCUUACUUCUCUUUGUCAUUGUAUAUUCGAGCUCUUUUCUCUCCGUCUGGUAUCUUGGUUUCUAUAGAAACCGAACCUUCACAGGUCGUUUGCAUUGAUGAGAUUAUUCGGGAUCAUAUAAGUGAAAGUGCAAGAGGGGGUCCUGUUGCAAAGGUAAUGUUGGGUACGUGAUUGGAUAUGUGUGCUUGUGCUGAGCGAAGAUUGACGGAUGAUGAAAGUACGGAUUUGGCUAAGAGGGAUCGAAUAAUUAAGAAUAAGACUAUUGAGAUAGAUUUUGAAUCAAGCUGCUCUAGGCUCUUCGGGCAAGAGGUAGCGAACCGGGUUUUAGGACUACUAAGGGAGAUCUAUAAUGCUUGAGUUUCUUA